GAGGUGUACGUUGCCGCCACUUGUGUACCGCCGCCGAUACCCGCGGUCGCCGAGACCAACUUUCCCGAUAUUUACUGGUGUGAAAUCGUGUACCUAAACUCUCACUUGGUAAAAUUAUGAUUUGAUUCAAAGUGUGUAGACAUUUUAAUUAUGUUUCGUAGUCAACGUUGCCCUAUAUGUUAAAUCAAAUGGAUUUAUAAUGAACAUCUGCUCUGAGAUUCUCGUAAAUGUUCAAGGGUGCGACCACCUAAAUUCUACUUAUGAAUAGAGACGCGAUCUGCUCACCGUGUAAAUGCGUCGAGCCUUGCUAGUGCCGCUACUUCUGGAGUCGCUGUAAAGUAAGAAUUUAUGUGACUUAUUUUUCCCACUGAACAUCUCCGACCUUGCUCAAUUAUGACGGCAAAAAAUGGGUAACUCGCCUAGAGUAAAGCGGCCUCAUUUGUUCCUGUAUUUAUUGUGUGUUCCGUUGUGGCGACAGUGACUGAGAACAUGCAAACAUGUAAGCAAGUGAUAUCAAUUAUGAAACAGACUUUGUAUUUAAAUGCGAUGUUCUUUUUCGUUUUCUGAAAAUUUCCAUAAACAACAGUUUCAAGAAAUAGACUAAUUCCCUUUAUUAAUUAAUUCACUAAAUUCAAACAGAUCGUUAACAAGACUAGUAUGAUUGUAUCGGCGUUGUGUAGAGAGUGAAUAUUAGCGCUACGAGCUGCAGCCUUGCACCGCCGCUCUACGUGACAUAAAAAAUAUGAACUCGAGUGUACGAACGAGUAAACUUUUACGAAUUAAUUCAUCAUUUGUUCCGAUGAUAACCAGAAUUUUCCCUUGUUCUAUUUGUAUCUUCAGUUCCAUGUGUGAUAUACGUGGCGCUUAAAAGAUAUUUUUUCUUACAGAGUUACUUCAUUCAUAAAUUAACAAUUACGAUUCCAGCUAUUCGGUUCAGUGAAACAAUCGAAUUACUCAUGAUCGAUUUAUAAUUAUAAUUUACAUGCGUCAUCUGAAUUUUUGAGUGAAAAAUCAUUCGCAUUUCCAAAAUAAAAUCCGUUUACGAUACUGUGAGCAACGGAAAUCAAAUGGUCUCGCGUUAUUUUUCGGUGAAAUCCAUUAGUAAAAAAAGUGUUUGUUAAAUUCAUGUAACUGAUGUCCAGUUGAGCUGUCGCCUGCAGUCUUCAUUGACAUGAAAUAAAGAGCGGCUUCGGUAAUUUGUUCGUACAACAGAAAGACUUUUUUCUUUCUAAAAUCCCACUCUCGUCCACCGUUCUAGUACGCACCGAAAACUUUCACGGCAAUUCCAACUUGAUUCGAACCUGCGCAAGCGGUGCUGAAAGAUAAAAAUCGUUCCCGACGCAAGUAUGUCGGAAAUGGUCGAGAUGGCAGAGCUGCUCGACCGACCCGACAAAAUCGAAGUCGCUGUCGAUAGCGUUGACGUCCCCGACGAAGCCGAAGACCCCCGAAAUAAUUCGUUGCUCUCGGGUCGUAAACGACAGCGGUCUGGUUCAGUCACCCCCGAGGAAGGCAAUGUUAUGAACAUCGUAGAUAACAGCAGACCCUACGACGAAGAAGCUUCAGGGUCUGCGGGCUGUGAAGAUAGGGCUGCUCUUCUGCUCAGGGUUUACCUCAAGAUGAAGCUUGGGAAGCUAGUGGAAGAACAGCAACUACAACACCACCAAAAACGACAAUCAGACCACUCAGGUGACAAUAGUGAUGACAACUCGGCAAGUGGUGAAGGUGGUGACGGUGGUGAACCACCAACGCCUCCCCACACCCCCCAGCGGGAGUUUCUGGCAAGGGUGGAAAAAAUGCAGCCUGAGCGAGCGUGUUACGUGCCGCGAGUCUCACACUUCCAGCACCUUGAUCUCCAGCAGCAAGCACUUCAUGCCAGGAUGGUUGGCAGAGACAGCUUCUCGACGCUGCUGACGCUAGCAGCUCUGCAGGAGAACGGCAACAACGCUGCAGCUGCUGCAAGUGCUGCGUCUGCAGGAGUCGCUGCAGCAGCAGCAGCAGCUGCAGCAGCAGCAGUAUCAGCAGCAAACAGCACUGGAUGCGUCCCCCUCCCCCCCUCGCUUGACCCCCACAGAUCCCUCCCCGCCACCCCCACCACACCAACCUCCACAGCUGUGACGCCGGGCCUAGCUGGGCUGUCGCUCACGGGCCAGGGCUCGGCGGCAGGCAUGUCGCUGCCCAGAGACCCGCUCGCCAAGACCAGCGUCGACUACACGCGCUACGUGAAGCGCUUCUCGUCGGCGCUCGAGUGCGGCGCCCCCGCCUGUCGGGAGCUCAACCAAAGCAGGGAGCAUUUCCACUGCCUCGAGUGCACCAACAAAAUCUUCAGCAAGAAGGAGGAAAUGAUCAGGCACUUCAAGUGGCACAAGAAGAGAGACGAGAGCUUGCAGCAUGGCUUCAUGCGUUAUUCUCCCACUGAUGAUUGCUCCGACAGGUUCGCCGCCUGCUCGCACAACCGCAAGCAGACACAUUAUCACUGCCUUAAAGAGGGAUGCGACAAGGUCUACAUCAGCACAUCAGACGUUCAGAUGCACGCCAACUACCAUCGUAAAGACUCAGCCAUCAUGCAGGAAGGCUUCCAGCGCUUCAGGGCGUCUGAAGAUUGUGCUCAAGUGGACUGUACUUACAGUGGACAGCGCACUACGCACUUCCACUGCAUGCGCGACAACUGUAACUUUACAUUCAAGAACAAGGCUGAUAUGGAGAAACACAAAACAUAUCACGUCAAGGACGAACAGCUCACCAAAGACGGCUUUAAGAAGUUCAUGAAGCAGGAGGACUGUCCGUUCGAUGGCUGCAAGUUCUCGCGCGUUGUCAACCACAUUCACUGCAUCAGGCCAGACUGUAACUACGUCCUUCACUCGUCUAACCAAAUAUUCGCUCACAAGCGGAAACAUGAGCGGCAAGACCACGACCAGAACUACCGGAGGUACCGUCUAGCGCAGACCAUGCUUGGUAUACAUGAUACCCACCCAGCCCUCAACCCUCUGUUGCAUGAGGCUCUUCGGCCCAUGACAGGACUACCUCCACCCAUGCUCUCCAUGGGCCAGGAGUUGCGAUCGGAUGAUUCUUCUUCCCCAACUGUUACCCAAACUAUUGGGGUGCCACCUGCCAACCCCAUGCAACGGCCUUCCCCGUUUCUGAUGGGUGGCUUUCCUCCACCAACUGUGAUGGACCCAAACCACCCGUUGGCUAGGUUCCUUGGGGUCAUUCCCCCGACCAGCCACCCUUACUUCCCGGGGGGAUCAGCAGCAAGUUCAACAUCCACUCCCACCAGCUCUUCGGGCCCUUCCUCCCCCGUUGACCUAACCACCGUCACAGAUGACAAGACCUGGCAGAGGUAUAUGUGUCUGGUAGGUCGCGAUGACCCAUGCCACUGCGAGGCGGCGGGUACUGAGCACUGGCACUGCGAGGACUGCGAUCUGGUCUACAGUUCGUUGGACAUCGCCAAAGAUCACGGCAGGGCGCACGAGCAGCUUGCGUUGGUCACUGAAGAACAGUUUCAUCGCGUCAUGCCCGGGGAUCUUACCCGCCCGUGCCCACACCACUGCCCACUACAGGACAGAUCUGAGCACUUCCACUGUAAAAUGGACGGCUGCUCGGAACUCUUCACGUUAUCGGACAAGUCGUUCCGCCGUCUGGAGCACAGCCGCAUGCACGACUACGCGCGUCAGAUGACACACGCGCUCCCCGCCAGCUCGCCCUCCACUCACGUCUACAGCGGCGUCGCCUCCGUCACCUCCAUUGACUCCAUGUUCAAGAGGAAGCGUGGCAGGCCGCCCAAGAACCGGAUUGUCGAGGUUUGGAAUGAUUGUUUACCGGGAUCCAGCAACCACGACACUCCUCCUGCCAUCUUCACCAGCUUCAAACUACCAAAGAGUUCUCCUCCUCCUCACUGCCUGUCUUCCCACCUUCCCACCUCCAUGUCUGGUCCCCCACACUCCAUGAUCACCAGCUUGGGGAAUGUAGCUACCACUCCGUUGGCUCACCUGGCGCAGCUCGGUAGAGAAAUGGCUGAGUCUCCCCCCACACCCACAGCUGUAACCGCCAGCAGCUCAGGAAAUUCCUCAGGUCUUCAGUCACCGCGACCAAGCCUUAACAUGCUACCCCUCACCGGCAUGAUUGUGUGCAACCCUCCCCAACCUCAGGGCGAAGAAAUAGACGGGUUCACGUUCUGGCAAGAAGGCAGUCCGUGUCCCGACCAACUCUGCCCUCUGCUGUCAAGGCGACACUAUCACUGCAGUCACCCCCGCUGUCUGUACGUCACCAGCAGCGUCGAAGUCCUGCCGCUGCACACAAGGAAUUACCACGAAACGACCCACAUUCCCGAAGGCUUCCUAUCCAUCGACAAGGGAAUUGACUGUCGCCUACCUUCAUGCCAAAGCAAUCAAGUACUGAAGCAUUUUCACUGCACGCGCUGCGGCUACUCUUUCGUGAACUACCAAGCCCUAGAGCCUCACCACGACAAGCACUUGCAGGAAGACCAGGAUUCUGCUCUUUCAUCUUCCAUGGAGCAGCCCUUCACCUCCAAAGCUCGUUCCCACAGCCCCAUGGAGGCACCACCGGCAUGUAGCCUCUCCGCAUCCGAGAGUCCACUCAAAAGCCAAGAUCUCUCUCCUCCAGUUGUGAAGUCUUCGGGGAUUUUCUACCCUCUAUCCCCAUUCCCCAACCUACCGCAAGGAGGGGCCCGGACCUCUACUCCUCGAAGUGAACCAGGAGCUCUCGUGAUGGCCAUUCCUCCGUCCUCAACCCGAUCUUACACUCUACCGUCCUUCACCCUGCCUGUGUCCAGUAGCUUUACGAUUACUUCUUCCCCUAGAAUAUCGCAAGUCCCACCGUCGACGCCACCUCUGUUGUCGGAUAACAGCGGUGAGUCGCCAUCCAUGGUCAAAGUCUCUAUGCAUCUCACGCAGAGUUCGUCCCAUAACAACAGUGAAGAGAAUGCAGACAGUUCUUGUGGUCAGAAUAACGAGUCAUGCGGUGGCGAUUCUUUCAAUCCUACGACUAUCACACCCGAAAAACUCCUUCCCGAACACCAUCCUCAAUACAGCGGUGAAAUUUUAUGUGGCCGUCCCUUCUGUAAGUUGAAGAAAAGGGAGCACUACCACUGUCAAUUAUGUAACCAGGCAUUUAGUGAGCAAGAAAAGCUGGGCCCUCAUCUCCAGAAACACAUGUCGGGGUCUGGAUUCGUUGGAAAAGAAGAAGAGGAAGAGGAAGAAGCUAUGGAAAGUGACGAUGAUAGACCUAGUCAUUCUCCUAAUAAUAUUAGUGAUAGACCACCUAGUCCAAAAAGCCCUGAAAUAAGUUCCUCACAAACCUGUCACCCUCCACCAUUUUCCAUAGGCAUCAGCUCUUCUCAAGCGUCUCAAUUUCCGAACGCUCACAUGUAUACUCAGGCUGGCUUCCCGGGGCUGCCAUCCCCUUUUGCUCAUCCUUUGGGAAUGGCGGGUUUAUUCCCUCCUGGUUCUCUACCUCGGCUCCUGCCCCCAUCUGUUUGGCCUGGAGUUCAUCCUGCACUUGCAGCCAUGGCACACCCCGCUUUAAUGAUGGGUGUGCCACGCCCUCCUGCGCACCUCCCUCCUCUGCCAACUUCUGAAGCACAAUCUGGGCUAGGUCCUCCUGGAAUGGCUCAUCCGUCCUCGCUAAGUAGUCCCCGAGAUAUGGGAACACUUCUACCUCCGUCUCUAGGUACCUCGCCUCAUUUGGCAUUGUUGGGCAAGCGAGUUGGGACUGAUGACUUCGCAGCUCAAGAAUCUAAGAAAAUACGACCAUCGUGUCAAUCGGUGCGCAUGAUGAAAGAUGAACCAGUUCCUGAGGGCUACUACAGAUUUAGGUUUAACGAAGAUUGCCAGUACCCACACUGCGGCUACCGGGAACACCAGACUCAUUUCCACUGCAUGCGUAAAGAUUGUGGGUAUUCCUUCUGUGAUAAAACUCGCUUCGUUCAACACACCGCCCGCCAUGACCGCCUCGACACCCUCAUGGGGGGCGACUUUCAGCAGUACAGGUCGAAUGUAUCUUGCGGACGAUCUGACUGUAUUUAUGCCUCCAUGGUCGGGCGCCAGCAGAACAAGGCAUCUCACUUCCACUGCAUGAAGUGCGAUUUCGUAUGCACGGACACCAAUAAAGUGGUCGCCCACCGGCGGCAACAUCAGAAGCGAGAUUCCAUCAACGCCGCAGGAUUUGAAAAGUUCACACCGUCCCAACCUUGCGGAGUGCAAGGAUGCAACCACAACCAAAAACAAACGCACUAUCAUUGCCUCAAGUGCAACUAUUCUGUACUGGGUCUCAGCCAGAUGUCCGCACACAAGUUCAGACAUCUUGAUUAGCAGAUAAUUUAAUUUAUGCACAUUAAUUAAUUAUAUGUACUACGUACUAGACAGCAGCCACGUGUUCACAUACAAGCUGAGCCAUCUUGUCCAGCAGUACCUAUAAUUUAUACGCAGAAAUUAUUUAUAUCGUUUUUGUGGUCAUGGACAAUGAUUGCUUUAUGUUGUAGCGCCCAAGUUUUUAUUUUACAAAAAUUAAUCUGGAUUUUUUCCCACGUCAAUCUAAUUUUAUUUACUUGCAUUUCUCAGUUUAUAGCAAAAUUUUCUGUACAUAUCGUGUGUAUAUAAACGGAAUAACGCGUAGUAUAUGCCGAAACGGAUUAAUUAAUAUGAUUAAUUGUUAAUUUCAUAAUCAUUUUGUACAUAGAGAAGUUGUGCCUAAUGAUCAAUGUGUACAUGGUGCCUUUUUAAGAUGCAUUCAUUAGUGUUAAGGGAAGUUCGCGACGAACUACUGAUUAAUACGCUGAUGUCGUCAGCGUGGAAUGGAACAUAUCUUUAAUAAUGCCUUAUUAUGGAGUGCCUUCACUUAACUCCUUGUGUGUCUUCUCAUGUGUCUUGAACGCCGUUGUCGGACACCGUUGUGCCGCCAACACUAUGGAAACUACAUUAAAUUUGCCAGUGUAACUAUUAUUAGUCGAUAUUAAAAUUAAAGAUUGCGUUAUUGGGAUAUCCAUAGCAUAAUUUCUCCCAUUCCGUGUUUACUUUGAAUUGAUUGGAUGGGUUGGUUCAAUUGACAUCGUUUGGUGAAGACGGAGGCAUUUUGAGGUCCUUGGACAGUAGUUAUGAUCCCAAAGGAAUAUACUUUUUUUUAAUAUAUAUAAAAAACCAUACUAGUUUUCUAGAAUGGAUCUUCCACAAAAUUCAGGAUAUUUACCUAGCAACUUUUCAGCCCCCAACUCGGAAGUAAGUAAUUCAGCGAAAAAGACAUACAAGGUAUUAUGUUAUUGUUCGCUUAUACCAGACAAGGUACAAUACUGCUAAUAAUGUCCCGUAUUUAUCUCCAUAUUUUGAAUGAAUUGACGUAACGGAGUAGAACUAGGUAACGAUUGCACGUCACAAGUGAUUAACGCGUCAGGUUUCGUAUAUGUAGCAACCAUCAAACCUGCUAAAUUUUAUGCUUUCUAUUCAGUCUAUCAUACACGAAAGAAACGCAAUCCAUGGUUCAGCAUGUUGAGUGAAUAAUAAUGUAUAUUGUAUUCUCAUACAUCAUGUAUUUCUAUCACUCGCGCUUUGCCUCGGUGUGGCACGUUCUCCAGUUAGUGAAUCAUAAUGCAAAUUUCGUGUAUAACACGAUAUUAUAGCGCAUCAAUUAUAUUAAGAAUUAUUGGCACCUUGUGUUUGGUAGCAAGACACUUAACGGGUAUUUAUUAAAAACUUUAACGCAUUUUUUGCCGCAAAUUUUCUUUGAAGCGGCCUCAAAUAGAUGCAGUUCAUAUUGCCGCUUAAAUGCCACAUGGCAGUUCGAAGUUUUAGAAACAAAGCAUAUAUAGGGAAUGAUUAUUUGAAUAAAGAUUUUCAGCGUGAUCAAAAUGCAUACUUCACUAAAAUUGCAACAAUUAAAACGCAAACGAUUCGGAAUAAAUUUUCUGAAUAGAAAAUUAAUUAUUCAACAACUAUGACAGUUUAGUUACAAUUGUUCGUCUGAUGCAGCCAAUAACAGACGGUAAUUUUAUCCUUAUUUCAAACAUAAAAUUGACUAUCUUUGCAAUUCCUAAUGAUUAAACCACUUCUGCAUUAUAGCUUUUGCUAUGGUUAAAGUAAUUGUUGAACAAAAACCAUCGUGUCCUCGUACGAUUAAUUAUUUAUUUGUUUUUAAUAGCUUAGAUGCGGACAUAUAGUCUAAGAACAUACGAGGCGUUUUCAGUAUACCUGGGCACUUACAUAGUUUGUAGUAGUUGAUGUUCCAUAGCUCUACAAGUUUCCAUUUAUAGUUGGAAGAGAAAAUUAAAUCUGAAGUACAUA